UGCUCCUGGCAGAAAAAUGAAUUUUACAUUUUUGAAAUCUUCGUGAAACGUAGAUAAUGAAAAUAGAAAUCAUAAUUGAAUUUGAGGUUUUUUUCGCUGAGUUAUAGAGCAAUGAAAUUCAAAAUUUUUGAAUUUUAACGGCAAAAGUUUUUUAAAACAGCGAAGCCGGAAAACUGGUAACUAAUACGUCACAGUAGGAUCCGGUUUGGGCAUUCGGCUUAUACAUAAACAUAUAGAUAGUAUAGACAGAUAUAGUAUAGAACGAGAUAUUUGCGAUUGAACUUGUACAAAACUCUCGUACAAUACUUCUGAAAAUGUCCUCAUCAAGCUCAGAUGCGGAAAGUAAUAGCUAUCAAAGCGACGACUCAGAUUGGAAUUAUAUUCCCGGUCCAUAUAUAAUAAAGAAACAGAGCGAAGCGGCUGCGAAUAUAGACGACCAAAUUACAGACGAAACAUCAGAACUUGGUCCUUAUGCCAAUGAACCGGCGGCUGACGAAGAGUGGCUCGCUAACUACCGUGAAAAAAAGCAAACUUACGACGAGCGUUUAAAGGAAUUUCAACGGAGACUUGAUGGUAUCGAAGAAUUAGAUAAAUGGUGUAAGUGUGGCAACUGUCGGAUUGAACUCCUUCACAAUGCUAAAGAAUGUCAGUGUUGCGUAGAAAUCGAAGAGUGUGAAGAAGCGCUGAAUAGUGAGCUUGUCAUGCAGGAGCUGGAAAGGGAAAACCCUCCAUCUUGCAUUGUCGACCAUCCUGGAUUUAACAGUGUGUGCUUAGACAAGUGGUCGCUUCGUUUAACGGCAACCAAAUUACGCACAAGGAAGAAAGAACAAUACCGUCAAACAAGCACAGAAGAUAAAUUCUAUCGAAGCACAGCCUACAGAAGUUUUGUGUGGUUGGUUUUUGGGCAUCUGGGAAAUAGAAGGUAUCCCUUACCAGCAUGUGCAUAUGAACGAAUAAGACGUCAUUUUCCACCUACAGACAAUGAAGACUUUGUAGGAUUUGUAGAGGAAGAGGAUAGCUCUUGACAAUUUGUGUAUAUAAUUAUAUUAUUAAUGUUAUAUGUUAUAAUACUCCACAUUAUAUAUUAUUUCAGAUAACUAUGAACAUUUAUUGGUUUCAGAUAACUAUGUACAUUUAUUUACAACUGGUUUGGUUUUACUGCUGUGUUUGCUUUUGAUUUUUGGGACAAUCCUUCACUUCUUUGUGUCCCUUCAUCAAAUUCUUGCACAAGGAACACCUUGGAGCUGCUCUGCCAGAGGCUGCUUUAGCAGCCUUUGCUGCCUUUUCCUGAGCAAGAACAACUGAAACUGAGAAAAGUUAUUUAUUACUAUUUUAACUUAACUAAUGAGUUAUGAUU